GAUUAAUCCAUUGUUUUAAAAUGUGAAGUCCGACGUUCAUCAAACAGAAACUGAAAAGAUAUGGCUCGAUCUGUUCUGAUCCUUGCCCUAUGCCUGGCCGUCGCCAGCGGCCAGGGCGCCUUCCGCCUAGCAAACUACUACCAGAAUGAUAUGGUCCUGCAAAUGGAGCCAAAGCGCGCCGUAAUCUGGGGAUUUGGCGAAGUCGGUGCGCGAAUUGAAGUGAAUUUUGAAAAUUCCCAGAUCGUGUCUGGUGUUAAUGCCGAUGGUACUUGGAAAGUAACUCUUUUGCCUCACGCAGCGGGAGGUCCAAUUGAUUUUGAAAUUAUACACAACAACGUAGACAGAACUGUGUUAACGGCUUGGUUUGGAGACGUUUGGGUCUGCAGUGGUCAAAGCAAUAUGGCAAUGCCCGUCAGUCAGAUUUACAACUCGACUGAAGAAGUGAACAAUGCUCUCCUGUAUCCAAAUAUUCGUAUUUUAAAAGUUGAAAGGAAAUUUUCCAUAGACGCAGAACUUGACGAAGUCAACAGCUUUAACGUUGGCUGGAGUGCACUUACCGCCAGCAAUGUUCCUGGCUUCUCUGCCCUUUGCCUUUUGUACGGCGAGCGCAUUUCUGAAGCUCUCGGAAACACUCGGCCCAUCGGCCUGAUUGACUCCACUUGGGGUGGAACUCGUAUUGAGGCCUGGUUCUCCAAGAGAGUGCCCGUCUACUGCCUCACUCCUGCCAACGAUGGCGUUGACCAAAACUCUGAAUCUGCUCUCUGGAACGCCAUGAUUGCUCCUUUGACCAAGACCUCUGUCCGUGGAGCAAUUUGGUACCAGGGUGAGGCAAACGUAGGCAACAAUCCCACAUACUACGCUUGCCACAUUGCAGCUUUGGUCAGAGACUGGAAGCUAACUUUUGUUGAUGGACAAGUUGGAGCUGAAAAUGACGUAGCUUUUCCCUUUGGGGUUGUCCAGGUUGGACCUACUGAAAGAGGAGAUAACUACAAUUGGGGCAAACUUCGUUUCCACCAGACUGCCGACCAAGGCGUUUUGCCCAACCCUUUGAUGGCAGACGCUUUCUUUGCUGCCGCUUACGAUCUGACUGACCGUGAUGCGCCCACAGGAGACAUUCACCCCAGGGACAAACAGACCGUUGCUGACCGUUUGUCCAAUGCUGCUCGCAAACUCAUUUACGGAGAGGAUUUUCAGGCUUACGGACCUAGGCCCAUCGAUUCUACGGUGAGCGCGCCUGGGGAGAUCACCAUCACUUUCGAUAGAAACAUCAGAGUUUCUGGCACCGAAGGAUUUGCUACCCAAAAUUCUGCUGGAGCUUGGGUGCCGACUAGCAUCGUCGCCAGCACUGGAAACACUGUGACUGUUGCUGUCGCUGCUGAUGACGUCCUUUUGACCUACGCCUACAGGUCAACUGUAUGCGAGUACAAGCAGUGCUCAAUUUACUCUGACGACGCCGCGGAUCUGCCAGCACAACCCUGGCAGUGGGAUCUGCCAGUUUAAUAAAAAUAUAAUAAAUAAUAACCCUCUUUGUGUAACUAACAUCCACUAGUAAAAAAAUAAAUAAAAAUAAAUAAAUAAAUAACGAUUAAA